AUGGAAGGCGAGUAUCGAGGACAAUUAUCUCAACUUAAUUAUCAAAGACAGUUUGUCCACAAGUUAUUUGAUCGAAUGUUUGAGAUUAUAUUCGAGAAUCUCAAACGUGAAUAUGCUUCAAUAUCAAAAAUACCUUAUGGCGAUAUUGAUAGAAAGAUAUUAGUCGAAUACCAACAAAAGCUCGAAUCGCUAAAGAAAGAUAUAAUUAUCCAUCAACAAAACGAAUCUUUACAAAUAACUCAAUUAAUUCACGCUCAAAAAAUUGAAAUUGACCUGUUGUUACAACGAAAUGAAAAAAGAUUUUCAAAAUUUGUGAAUAUGCAUCAUGAUUUAGAGGAACUAAUGAAUAGUACAGAAGGAAUCAUCUGCACUACCAAAAACAAACUUUCGGAAAUUUAUCAAAAGAGAAUAAGAGAUUUUGAUAAUGAACAGAAUGAAAAAAUCAAACUUCUGAACGAAGAGUUUACCGAUCGAUGUACAAAAAUAUCCGAGGAAUACAAGCAGAGAUUAAUGUCUGCUCUUGAAAUUCCGGAAAGAAAAUCUGAGGUUCCUCUAAGCUCUUUGAAAACUCAGAUAGCGAUAUUAAGAGAAAACGUGGAAACUUCGAAAAAACAAUAUAAUGAUAUAAUGAAAGCUUAUAAAUCUUUUUCAAAAUUUCCUUCUUUAGUUCUGAAAGAGUUAUUUGACUCACUCAAUAUUCAUAUAAGUGAUUCGAUAAAAUCACAAGUACAAGAACAUUAUGAUAAUAACGUUAAAAUCCAAAAAUUAUAUCUCGAGUAUUACGAAUCAAAAUUUAACCAUAAGCUAAAAGAUCACGAUUUAUUCAUUACAAUGCUAAAUAAACGCGAUUUACUACUCGAUUAUCUUUGUAAUUUGCGUGUUCUACCUCAAGAUGAAGCUCGAGUCGAAAAUGAUACGAGUCAACAAGAGAAAGAAGUAGAAAUACUUGAUAAAGAAUAUACUACUUUUCAAGAAAUACUAAACAAACGAAUAUCUGAAUAUGAAUUACGAUUCAAAGAAGAAAUCCAACAAAAGCAAUUCGAAUUACAACAAGAACACGAAUUAGCAAUCGAGAAUAUUUCAUUACCUACUACAUCCGACUUAAAUGAUUAUAAAAGCGAAUACGAUGCUCUUACAAAGAUAUAUCAAAAUCUAGAAACAGCAGAAAUUUCAACGAAACCAACUACAGAAGAUGAAAUAUUAUAUUACAAGCUUAAACUAGAAUUAGAAGCUACAAGAAUAUCAAGAAUAAAAAUACAAGAAGCAACAGAUACAAUCAAUUCUAAAUUACAAUCAAAAGAUACAAUACAGAUUACCUUACUACAAAAUAAGAUACAACAAGAAGAGUCUAAGGCUCAGUUUCUAUUAGAAAAUCAAGAAAAUUUUUACAAAAGUAAAUUGAAACAUCAAGAAGAAAGUAUAAAGAACAUGAAUGAAUACAUUGACAAAAUGAGGACAAUUCAUAAUAAUGCAUUAGAAGAUCUCGAUCAAGUUUUCAAUGAUCAGUUAGAUUCUGUCAUUGAAACUCAUAAUCAAGAAAAGCAGAUUAUCAUGCGAGAAGAUCCAGAAGUAUCUAAAGCAAUUGAUCAUCUUAAUUUUGCGAGAUCAAAAGCAUCACUCUCAGAUAGCGCUUAUAUCGCUUUCUUAGAGAGAUAUAUCUAUCAAACUGCUAUCAAAUGA